ACCCAAUCCCAAGAAAACAAAAAAACACACAAAUAUCAUUAUCCGACAGAAAAUAAAAAAUCAGAGAGACAGAGAAGAAGAAGAAGAGGGAAACAAACAACCUUAAUCUCUCCGAACAACGGUCCAUUUCUACCCGGAGGACGCUUCAGAUUCCAGGUUACCAAUGGCCGUUGUUCGCUUCCUUAUCUUCAUCCUUCUCAUCUUCCUCUCUCUCCCUUCCCAAUGCAUUUCCAUUACCGAAUCUGAAGCUCUCCUCAAACUCAAACAAUCAUUCACAAACUCACAAUCUCUUUCUUCAUGGGUCCCCAAUCAAAAUCCAUGCUCUUCAAAAUGGGUUGGUGUAAUUUGUUUCAACAACAUCGUCUCGAGUCUUCAUCUCUCUAAUUUAGGCCUUUCGGGUAAAAUUGACAUUGAUUCUUUAUUACAGAUUCCAUCCAUAAGAACCAUAAGUUUCGCUAACAACUCUUUCGAUGGUCCUAUUCCCGAAUUCAAUAAACUCGGUGCUCUUAAAGCUCUUUAUUUAGCACAGAACCAAUUCUCAGGACCAAUUCCUCCACAAUAUUUUUCACAUUUAGCUUCUUUGAAAAAAGCAUGGCUCAACAACAACAAGUUCUCAGGAAAUAUACCAGAAUCAUUAGCAAGCCUUCGUUUCCUCGGCGAGUUACAUCUCGAAAACAACGAGUUCUCUGGUCCUAUCAUAGAAUUAAAACAAGAUAUCAAAUCAUUUGACAUAUCCAACAAUAAGUUACAAGGCCCAAUACCAACUACAAUGUCGAGGUUCGAAGCAAAAUCUUUUGCAGGAAAUGGAGAGCUUUGUGGGAAGCCUCUUGAUAAAGAAUGUGAUCCUGCUCCAAUUUCAAUUCCAACAACACCCGACAGUGGACAAGGUUCUGGAUGGGCUUUAAAGGUUAUUGCCAUUCUAAUUGUUGCAACGGUUGUGGCCGUGUUUUUCACGUUAAUUAAAUCGAAACAACGUAGAGUGGACGAUGAUUUCAGUGUUAUGAGUAGAGAAAAUAAUGAUGAUGUGGUUCAGGUUCAUAUUCCUAGCUCAAACUAUAGUAGAGCAUCAGAAGUUAGUAAAAAAGAAUCUAGGAGAGGUGCUUCAAAGAGUGGUGGAAUGGGUGAUCUUAUAAUGGUGAAUGAUGAAAAAGGUGUGUUUGGUUUACCUGAUUUGAUGAAAGCUGCUGCUGAGGUUUUAGGAAACGGUGGGUUAGGUUCUGCUUAUAAAGCUGCAAUGACUAAUGGCUUAUCUGUAGUUGUCAAGAGGAUGAGAGAGAUGAAUAAAGUUAGUAGAGAUAUAUUUGAUGCUGAGAUGAGACGGUUUGGGAGACUCAGAAACCGUAAUAUUUUGGCUCCUUUGGCUUACCAUUACCGCCGAGAGGAGAAGUUAUUUGUUACCGAAUAUAUGCCCAAAGGAAGCUUGUUAUACGUCUUGCAUGGUGAUAGAGGAUCAAGCCAUGCUGAAUUGAAUUGGCCAACACGUUUGAAGAUUGUGAAGGGAAUUGCACGUGGUUUAACCUUUCUCUACACAGAAUUUGCAUCCGGAGACCUUCCACAUGGAAAUCUUAAAUCAAGCAAUAUACUUCUAACUGAUAAUUACGAGCCGCUUUUAAGUGACUUUGCAUUUCAUCCACUGAUCAACCCAACCUAUGCAGCACAAACAAUGUUUGCAUACAAGACUCCUGAUUACAUGGUCUACCAACACGUUUCACAGAAAACCGACGUUUAUUGUCUCGGAAUCAUCAUUCUUGAAAUCAUUACUGGAAAAUUCCCUUCUCAAUAUCACAGUAAUGGUAAAGGUGGCACCGAUGUAGUUCAAUGGGUUUUCACAGCAAUUUCUGAGAGAAGAGAAGCUGAACUUAUUGAUCCAGAGUUAGCAGGAAACGAGACGGACUCCAUCAAUCAAAUGCUACAACUUGUUCAAAUCGGGGCUGCUUGCACAGAAAGUAACCCUGAACAACGACUUAACAUGAAGGAAGCUAUUAGAAGGAUAGAGGAAUUACAAGUUUAAAGAUGAAUAAAUAUUUUUAUGUCAAUAUGCUAGCUUUUAGUAUGUAACAUUUUCUUUUGUAGGUGAAAGUUACAAACCUAGGAAAGAUUAAUUAAUCACAUUGAUUCAGCAUCUUGACCAAAUAAUCCAGUAUUCAUGAAUGAUCCUCUAAAAGCACAAUACUAUUAAGGAACGUAAAUGGAGGAAGAAAAAAGGGUCACUUCAUAGGGAGAAAAAUUGGAUGCAUGCACGGCUUCAUGAAAGAAUUGGAAUUUUUAUGAAACAAAAACGGCUUCUCAUUGAGAUGUUUUCAAAGUUUUCUCCCUUUGAAGAGUGAAAAAUGUGAA